AUGUUCGGAAGACUUACCCGCCUCGCCAUCGACCUCGUCGCGAUCAGCACCCUCCUGGCGGGCAUCAAGCGCUCGACGGGGUACUCUCUACACACCGGCCGCGUCAAAGACUCGACGUGGCGUAACCUCCUCGACGCGUACCUCGGUAUCGGGGAGAACGUGUUCGCCUUCUGCUGCGGGUUCGCCGUAUCGAGCUCGUACUUCCGCCGGCAGAUCGACUAG